UUUACAUGCAUAAUCAACUGUGUCGCUGGUCUUCAGCAAGUAGCACCGUCGCAUUUAACCGUCCUAAACAUACCGAUUGAAGAUGAAGAACAAACCGAUCUAAGUCCAUAUUGGCAAAUUGUUUUUGAGACUAUUGAAGAACAGAGAAAAUCUGGAGGCAAAGUCUUAAUUUUCUGUGGUAUGGGAAUUUCAAGAUCAGCCUCCUUCGUAGUAGCUUAUUUAAUGUGCAUUGAGAAGAUGACGUUACACGAUGCUUAUAAGCACGUUCAACGGGUACGAAACAUUAUUUGUCCUAACGUGGGUUUUUUUAAACAGAUGAUCGAACUGGAACAAAAGUUAUACAACAAAAACACAGUAAAAAUUAUUGAACCCAUCCCCGGAGUAGAAGUUGCUGAUGUUGUGUGGAAUGAACUGUAUAAUGAAGUGUUCAAUAACUCUGAAAAAAAUUCGUUGAGCCUUUCGAUGGAUUCAGUGGCUGCAACUUGA